GGCCUCUGCCUCCAUCUGACGGGACCCUGAGGACUCCCAGGCCCUCCCACCCGCCCUGCCUCAACCCCACACCCAAGGGCAAGUGAGGCUCAGGCUGGGCCCUGCCCCCACCCGCCCUGCCUCAGGGCCUACUGUGAGGUCAGCGCCUGCCCCGGGUUCCGUCCAGAGGUGCGUGGUCGGCUGGAGGCUGGACAUGGCCUUCUGGCCGCAGCCCGACGCCUGCCUGCUCGGCAGCCCCCUGGGCCUCACAUGUUUGUCCCUUUUGAUCCCGGCUGCAGCUGGAACCCGCUGCGACUGCAGCCUGGGCCUCAGCCGGGAGGCCCUCAUCGCGCUGCUGGUGGUGCUGGUGGGCAUCAGCGCCAGCUGCUUCUUCGCCCUGGUCAUCGUGGUGGUGGGCGUCAUCCGAGCCAGGAGUGAGAUGUGCCCCGGCACCAACAUGGACACCAUGGAGGCCAGUUUGGUGCAGGAGGACCACCUGGACCUGCAGACGGUGCAGGUGGAGUCCAACCUCAUGGACUCUGAGGAGCUCGCCGUGGAGGACGAGGGCCUGGCCCUGGAGGAGCCUCUCUGCCCGCCGCUGCCCGAAUAGGCGGUGGCCGCCGGGAGGGAAAUGAAGUCCUAUUUACUGUUC